AUGUCCACCGAACAAAGACCACCCAGUGCUAACCAGCUCCUGUUUUACGCCACAAAACAGAAGAAUGUUAAAGAAGUUGCAACUACUGGAUCUGGUAAUCCAAUACCAGGAAAAGAUGCCAGUUUAACUGUUGGUAAAGAUGGUCCGAUCCUUCUUCAAGACAUCGUUAACAUCGACGAGGUGGCUCAUUUCAAUCGUGAACGCAUCCCGGAGAGAGUUGUCCAUGCUAAAGGCGCCGGAGCUUUCGGGUAUUUCGAAGUUACCAACGACAUAACCGAGUUUUCAGCGGCCAAAGUCUUCGACACCAUCGGCAAACGAACCCCAAUUGCUGUACGCUUCUCUCAAGUGACCAACGAGAUGGGCUCUGCAGACACGGUCCGAGACCCUAGAGGAUUCGCUGUAAAAUUCUACACCGAAGAUGGAAUCUGGGAUAUUGUCGGAAAUAACACUCCAAUCUUCUUCAUUAGAGAUACGAUCCUUUUCCCAAGCUUCAUACAUAUAUUGAAGCGUAAUCCAGUUACGAAUCUUAGGGAUUGGGAUAUGUAUUGGGAUUUCUUCUCAUUGCGUCCGGAAACCAUGCACCAGAUGCUCGUCUUGUAUUCGGAUCGUGGUAUACCUGAUGGAUAUCGUUACAUGCACGGUUACGGCUCCAACACUUUCAGCUUUGUCAACGCGAAAGGUGAUUUUAACUAUUGCAAAUUCCACUACAAGACGGAUCAGGGGAUAAGAAACAUAUUUUCGGAUCAGGCUAGGAUAAUAGCCGGAGCUGAUCCGGAUUACUCUCUCCGCGAUUUGUACAACGCCAUCGCUGAAGGACGAUCCCCCAGUUGGACUUUUUACGUGCAGAUCUUGAAUCCGAAGCAAGUGGAUAAGUUGAGCUUCAAUCCUUUCGAUGUUACAAAGACCUGGCCUCACGCCGAUUUCCCUUUGAUACCAGUCGGAAGAUUGGUUUUGAAUAAGAAUCCGAGCAAUUAUUUUGCCGAAGUCGAGCAGUUGGGUUUCAGCCCUGCAAAUUUGAUACCAGGAAUCGACGUAUCUCCGGAUAGGAUGCUGCAAGGAAGACUUUUCGCGUACAACGAUACGCAGAGGUAUCGCAUCGGCGUGAACCACGAACAGCUUCCGGUCAACUCUCCAUCGAAGGCGAAGAACUUCAACAGAGCUGGUAAAUUCACACUGGAGAGUCAGGGCGGUGCUCCGAACUACCAUCCGAACAGUUUCCACGGUCCAGAACCGAGCAUCAUCGCCAAGGAGUUGAGUCCCAGUUUCUCUUUGGUAGGGAAUACCGUUCGCAUCGAUACUAGCCUCCUCGAGGAUAACUUCACCCAGGGAAGGAUUCUUUACCAGAGGGUUUUACCGCCGCAGGAACGACAACGACUUAUAGAUAACAUCGCUUUUGAUCUGAAGAACGCAACUCAAUUCAUACAAGAAAGAUUGAUUUCCAACCUCUUGCAAGUCGACGAAGGAUUAGGCAAUGGUGUUAGAGAUGGCAUCAGAAGACAUGUUCAUGCUGCAAUUUAAUUGUUAACAAACGUAAAGG